CCGCUCAGUACGGCUCAGGUUACUACUCACAGCGCCUGUGUCUGAAGCAGAGCUGCAUUGCUUUUUCACUGUCUGCCUGAAUCUCUCUCUCUCUGCUGCAAUGUGAGCAGGCAGAAUGGGGCAGGUCGCUUGGAAAGGCUUGUUCCUGUCACUCUUUGACUAUAAGACAGAAAAAUAUGUCAUUGCCAAGAACAAAAAGGUGGGGAUUUUAUUCCGUAUUGUCCAGCUGUCCAUUCUGGCUUAUUUAGUGGGGUGGGUGUUUGUGGUCAAGAAAGGUUAUCAAGAUACAGAUACAUCUGUACAAAGCUCUGUGAUCACCAAGCUUAAGGGAGUUGCUUAUACCAAUACUACUGAACUUGGAGAACGGCUUUGGGAUGUGGUAGAUUAUGUCAUACCUCCACAGGGGGAAAAUGUAUUUUUUGUAGUAACAAACCUGAUUGUCACCCCUAACCAGCGAAUGAGUACAUGUUCUGAGAAUUAUGGAAUCCCUGAUGCUGUGUGCUUCAAAAACAUUGACUGCCCAAAGGGAGAACCAGUUAUAGCUGGCCAUGGUGUUAAAACUGGGCGCUGCUUGAAGACUGGAGAAGUUAACACAACAGGUAUUUGUGAAAUCUUUGCUUGGUGCCCCUUGGAAAAGAGAAAGAGGCCAAAGACACCUUUGUUGGGGAAAGCAGAAAACUUUACAGUUUACAUUAAAAAUUCAGUACGCUUCCCAAAAUUUAAUUUCUCUAAGACUAAUAUACUAGAUACUGAUAAUAAUUCAUUCCUGAAGACGUGUCGCUUUAGUGCAGAAGACCAUUACUGUCCAAUCUUUCGCUUAGGAAGUAUCGUGUCCUGGUCUGGAAGUGAUUUUCAAGAAAUGGCACUUGAGGGUGGAGUGAUUGGAAUUCAGAUAGAAUGGAACUGUGACCUUGAUAGAGAUACAUCUGAAUGCCACCCUUACUAUUCCUUCACACGCCUAGAUAACAAAUUUUCAGAGAAAUCAGUCUCCUCUGGAUAUAAUUUCAGAUUUGCAAAAUAUUACAGAGAUGCUGAUGGCGCAGAUUACAGGACAUUGAUAAAAGCUUACGGCAUUCGCUUUGAUAUUUUAGUUAAUGGAAAGGCUGGGAAAUUUAGUAUCAUUCCAACAAUUAUCAACAUUGGUUCUGGCAUUGCACUAAUGGGCGUAGGAGCUUUCUUUUGUGAUCUUGUUCUACUAUACUUUAUGAAGAAAAGCAACUUCUACAGAAACAAGAAGUUUGAAGAAGUAAAAACUUCUUCCAACAAAACUACAAAAGUAAAAGUCAAUGGGCAGAAGAAGUCACAAAGCCUCGACACACUGGACCAGUUAAAACAUCUACAGAGUAUUGAGACUUAGCCAAUAGCAAACGAGCUUUGCUUUUCAGAAAGUCAGGAAUAAGUACCUAACAAGGAAAAAUCUACAUUAUUCCAGAACCUGGAUCUAGGAUUAAUUGCCAAUAUUAAAAAAAAGAAAACCUGCUUCUUAACUUUA